GUUAUCCACUCCUUCCAUCUACUCUCACACUCAGAGGAAGGAGAGAAGGGAGCACUCCGCCGCCGCCGGCUGCUCCACAACCCACGAAGCUAGAUACAUAAGCAUGGCGGUCACCAGUGCGAGUGCCGCUGCCUCCCUCUCCGUCACGGCUGCAGCUCACCGCCUCAGGCACCGGCAGCUAUACGCUUGCGCACGUGGGCCCGCGGCGCAACCUCAUCCCCUCCUCAAGCUGAACCGCCGCAGCUACGCGGUCUCGGCGUCGUCGGCGGCGGCCAUGUCUCCUCUGUCCCUGUGGGAAGGCCAAGGCAUCCGGGCGGAGUUGGAUGCGCCCGGAGGAGUGGCCAGCGGUGACGUCAUGGGCCUUCUUCUCCGGGAGCGCAUCAUCUUCCUCGGCAACGAGAUCGAGGACUUCCUCGCCGACGCCGUCGUCAGCCAGCUCCUCCUCCUCGACGCCAUGGACUCCGAGUCUGAUAUCCGGCUCUUCGUCAACUCCCCCGGUGGAUCACUCAGUGCGACAAUGGCUAUCUUCGAUGUAAUGCAGCUGGUGAGGGCAGAUGUAUCCACUAUUGGAAUGGGCAUAGCUGGAUCCACAGCUUCUAUAAUCCUUGGUGGUGGCGCAAAGGGCAAACGAUUCGCCAUGCCCAACACCAGGAUUAUGAUGCAUCAGCCCGUGGGAGGCGCGAGUGGCCAGGCCUUGGAUGUAGAGGUCCAAGCCAAGGAAAUUCUGGCUAGCAAGAGGAAUGUCAUCCGGCUGAUUUCAGGCUUCACGGGGCGCACACUGGAGCAGGUAGAGAAAGACAUCGAUAGGGACCGAUACAUGGGUCCUCUUGAGGCCGUCGAUUACGGGAUCAUCGACGGCGUGAUCGACGAAGACAGCAUCAUGCCACUUGAGCCGGUUCCGGAGAGGGUGAAGCCUAAGUACAACUACGAGGAAAUGUACAAGGACCCUCAGAAGUUCCUUACGCCGCAUGUCCCAGACGAUGAGAUAUACUAAGCUAGCCUGCCAGUCACAUGUAUUUCGAACAGCAGGGAGUCGCUGGAGCUUUCAUCGAACAAAUGAUGUAAUCCUUAGCAGUAGACUUUAUCUGCCGUUGCAUUUGGUGUGAUGGCGUAGCUGUUUUGUUCUGGCAUUUGACCAAGCUAGCCUCAUGGCCUGUAUUUUGCACAGCAAGCGACUGCUGGAGCUUUUGUGAAAGCAAAGACGUAACACUUUUUUUAGCAGUAGACUUUGUUGGGCGUUGCAUUUGGUAUAUGAUUGGGAGCUGUUGUGUUC